AUGGCCUCGUCAAUGGCGGCGGCGUGCUGUGGGGUGGCGGAGGAGACGGUGAUGGGGGAGCAGAAGGCGCCGGGGGCGUGCCCGCGGUGCGGCGGCGCGGUGGUGGCCACGGACGUGGAGAGCGUGCGGCGGGUGCUCGGCUGCCUGCCGCUGUGCGUCAAGAACAAGCGCAAGUUCUCCUGCUCGCGCUGCCGACGAAGCCUCGCCGCGCUCUACACCCACGCCUAG